AUGGUAUUUCCUAAAUUUCUUAUAGCUGUGACGCUAUUUAAUGCUCUAGCUUACAUAGAUGCACUCAAGACACACGGCGGUGUGGGUACAGAACAAGUUGACGAAGCUCUUAUCCGCCUCACUGAAGCUUUUGGUGUAAACAUUCACGAUGCAGAGCAAAAACGGCAACUGGCGAUUAAUAGUGACAUUCCAUUCGACGAAGUCUUUGCAGCUGGACUUAAGGCGCUAAGCUUGGAGACAGGUAUGCCAGAUGAGGCCAAGUCGAUGGCGGACGAAGAUCCAGUUGUAAAAAUGCACCCAGAGCUCUGGAAGAAAUGGGUGGCCAAGUUAGACAGUAAAGGCUUCUUUAAAGACGCAACACCUGGCUCCACUGAUUAUGUUAUGCGCUUAAAUAAGGCAUUACUCAAAUUUAAGGAAAAGUUUGGUGAUGUCAAGCCAGUUUUAACCAUCGAGGAGAAAGAGCUUAAGGCUGAAGAAGCAAAGACGCAGGGAAAUGCAGCAUUGAGUCGACAGGAUUAUGAAGGCGCAGCCAAACUGUACCGUGAGGCGUUACAGCUGUCGCCGCAUGGACCUUCGAGUCACAUUUACCACUCAAAUUUAGCUGCUGCUCUGAUGUAUAUGGGCAAAUACUCGGAAGUGAUCGAUCACUGUGAGCAGUCUAUUGCUCUUAAACCGUCGUACGUUAAGGCAUACUCUCGCUUAGGCAGCGCACAGGUGCAAUUAAGGGAUUAUGACGGUGCUAUUGAUGCUUAUCGACGUGGACUUGAAGUGGAUAGCACGAACGCUGCAUGUCGUGAUGGACUGGCGGAGGCUGAGCGUCAACGUCAGCAGGUACAAACGACUUCAGCGCCUUCACCUCCAUCUGGUGGCGCUGGAGGAAUGCCAGACCUGUCAAACCUGGCCAGCAUGUUAGGUGGAGGCGGUGGUUUGGCUGGUCUGAUGAAUAAUCCUCAAAUGAUGCAAAUGGCUCAGAGCAUGAUGCAGAAUCCUCAGAUGAUGCAGAUGGCGCAGAAUUUGAUGCAAAACCCCAGCAUGGUUAAUGAUAUGAUGGGUAGUCUCGGUGGAGCGAACACUAAUGCUCCACCUCGUGCAGGGGAGAUGCCCGACAUGAGCGGCCUGAUGAACUCUCCUGAGCUCAUCGCAGCGCGGUCUGAUCCGGAUUUGACAGACUUUUUUCGAGAUGUUGACAGCGAGGGACCAUCCGCUGCGAUGCGUCACAUGUCAAAUCCCAAGGUCUCUCAACUCGUUCAGAGCGUCAUGUCUCGGGUGCAAGGGUAA